UCAUCCGAAACAAAUAGUGUUAACAGGAAGAACAAUGAUUUUGACCUUCUCGGGCUUGACAGUGCUUCUGGUCCUGUAAAUAAAAAUGAACUAUUUGAUCAAACAAGUCAUAUUCAAGCGAAUUUUGGAAAUAUACAACAGACGUCGACUUCUGUUGAACAACAGCCAGUCAGUUCACUAGCAGAUAUAACCCAAAAUAUACAAAAAUCUAAAGAUACUACAUCUAGCUUGUCAUCUGAUCUUCUGGGUUUGGACUUUGGAUGCACAAACUCUUUUGAUGGGAAGGUUACAAAUGCAGUUAGUGAUGGUCAGGUUUCUUCAGGAUCCACGUCAAAAAUAACCAAAGACUCAAUCUUGGCUUUAUACCAGCAAAGCGCGCCACAGCCAAGUGGUUUAGGUUUCACAUCGUAUCCUGGAACUAUGGGACAGUUCCCAGCUUCUAACUUCUCAGGAAAUCAAUACUUUGCAUGUAAUCCACCAGUUGAUAAAUCUGUGUAUAACAAAAAUAUAAACAAUCUGGGUAAGUUUUUAUUAUCGUACAAAUUAAUGUUAAAAAAGUGA